AUGCCGCCCUCUGCUCCAGUGCCCCCGACGGGGUUUCAAGCGCUCAUUCUGUGCGGUCCAGGUGUAUCCCUCAACACCUUUACUUCGAACCCGGAGGAGUUUCCGAAGGCUUUGAUCCCUGUCGCAAAUCGGCCCAUGGUAUUUUAUCCUUUGGAUUGGUGCUAUAGACAAGGCAUAACGAAUAUAACUCUUAUUACUCCUCCUCCUAGCCAAGCACCUCUCGAAGCCGCCCUAUCACAAAAUCCUCACCUCACCUCCCUUCCUUCGCCAUCUCCAUCCGUGCUGGCACCUGCUAAUCUAACCCUGACGACGGGUACUGCGGAGCUACUCCGUCUUCCGGAAGUUCAAGCCUGCAUCAAGUCCGACUUUCUCCUUCUUCCCUGCGACCUUAUCUGCGAUAUUCCGGGAGAAUCCCUUCUUGAGGCAUGGAUGGUAUCCCAAAGCGCUCUGGGUGGUUCAACCCUGAGCGAUGGUUGGAACAACAACGGUCCAAAGACGAUAGGGAUGGGCGGUGAAGCGGGUGGGCGCCGCGGCGGUCUAGCGGUAUACUAUCAAACAAAGGGAAGAGAGGAAAGUGUCAAGGGUGAAGUAGCUGAUUUUGUCGCCACCGCUCCCCUUGAACGAGAUGAAGCGCCCGCAGUCUCCCAUCCUGCGGACGGGCCAGCGGCCAUUCGAUUUGGGCUGUCAAAGCUCGUGCUCUCCAUGCCAAUGGAUACAGUCAAAGAGAAGAUGGAAGAAGACAAGGGAUUGCUUGUACGCCAUUCGCUGGUGAAGAAGCACGCAAAAGUCAAGAUGUUGACGAGCUACCGCGACGGCCAUAUCUAUGUACUGCCGUACUGGGUCAAAGACUUUGUUCGGCUCAACGAGAAGUUUGAGAGCGUGAGUGAAGACGUUGUGGGCUGGUGGGCAAAGUCAAAUUGGCAGUCAGGACUGGGCACCAAACUUCGACUGGAUGAAGUGCUGCAACCGUCAAGUCACAAGAAUGGAGAAAGUGGGAGCGUGGACGACGAGUCCCUCGAAGAGGAAAUUGAUAUCAAAGCUAUGAGCACUACCAAAGCUGCGACUGGAGAACGUCUGGACCCGUCAUCGCAUGACACACCCUCGGAAAUCCAGUUUGCUUCGCGUGUCAGAAGCUCAGGCCCCGGUGGAGAGAUGGAGCCACCCAACAAAGCCGACAAUUUUACCAUUCCCCCAAUGCUGGCUUACAUGCAUUCGUCCCUACCCUCGGCUCCUCUUGUCAGACGCGUUGACACCUCUGCUCUUCUGCUCUCCGUCUCCCUCCGCCUCGCGAAACUCGAAUCUAUCGAAGAAGUUGGCCGGGUCACCGCUUCUCCAUUUGCGCACCAGCAAAAAGUGGCAUAUCCUGCGGGAAUCGCCCAGCGGUGCACAGUCACCAAGUCUGAUUGCUUACUGGGCCCGAACGUCACUGUAGAAGAAAAGUGUGUGAUCAAAGAGACUGUCAUCUCUGCCAACUGCCACAUCGCCAGCGGUGCUCGGUUAACCCGCUGCCUCGUGAUGGACGGGGCAGUAAUAGGCGAACGAUGCCAGUUGACAGGGUGCAUCGUUGGACGGCGCAGCAAGAUCGAGCGCGAGAGCGUGUUGAAGGACUGCGAGAUUCAGGACGGCAUGGUGGUUGAGGAGGGAACUGACGCUAAGAAUGAGAAAUUCAUGGUCUUUGAGGGUUUGGACGAGGAUGGCGAGGGCAUGGAUGUAUCCGAAGACUUUGAUGGCAGCGACUUGGGAUUCUGA